UGUGGCUGUGUGUGUUUGUCUCAGCGUGAGAUCUGAAUGGGCGAUCGGUCCACCACGUGAAGUUAAUCUGAUAAGUCAAGUGCUUCAGAAAGCCUUCGUAAUCUCUCUCCUUCCCUUUUUAUCUCGGUUUCAAUCAGUUUAUUGCAGCACAAACAAACACACUGAAGUCUAAUGAUUGACAGUUUGAGCAGUUCAGCCGUGAUCUGCAAAAUUGACAUCAAAAUUACUGCUGUGAAGAUGCUGUAUGUUUGUUCACUGUUAAGCGUGUAUCCUAUGUUCUGUCUGCAGAAGAACAAGCUCUGGCGGCUAGCAACGACUAUAACUUUGACCAUCCGGGAGCUUUCGACUUUGAGCUGCUUGUGACCACGCUUAGAAAACUUAAACAGGGCAAGAGUGUAAAAAUCCCAGUGUAUGACUUCACCACACAUGGACGCCAGAAAGAGUGGAAAAACGUGUACGGUGCCAGCGUCAUUAUCUUCGAAGGCAUCUUAUCCUUUGCAGACAAAGAGCUCUUGCAGCUGAUGGACAUGAAGAUCUUUGUAGAUACAGAUUCAGACAUUCGUCUGGUACGGCGGCUGAGGAGAGACAUCACAGAGAGAGGACGGGACAUUGAGGGUGUCAUUAAACAAUACAAUAAGUUUGUAAAACCAGCCUUUGAGCAGUAUAUUGAGCCCACCAUGAGACUUUCUGACAUUGUAGUUCCACGUGGUGGAGGAAACAUGGUGGCCAUUGACCUGAUCGUUCAGCAUGUUCACAGCCAGCUGGAAGAACGUGAGAUUAGUGUCAGGGCACUUCUGGCCACGGCCCAUCAAUCCCAGCCCCUCCCUCAGACUCUCAGUGUUUUGGAAAGCACACCGCAGGUUCGAGGUCUUCACACCAUCAUCAGGAACAAAGACACCAGCCGUGACGAGUUCAUCUUCUACUCAAAGAGACUGAUGCGCUUGCUUAUUGAACACGCGCUGUCUUUCUUGCCCGCCAAGCCCUGUACUAUACAGACACCACAAGGUCAAGAGUACAAAGGGUGCAGAUUUGGUGGCAAAGGGAUCACUGGUGUGUCUAUUCUUCGGGCAGGUGAGACCAUGGAGCCGGCUUUAAGAGCCGUGUGCAAAGACGUCCGCAUUGGCAAGAUUCUGAUUCAGACUAAUCUGGAUUCAGGAGAACCAGAGCUGCAUUACCUGCGGCUGCCCAGAGACAUCAGUGAAGACCAUGUGAUUCUGAUGGACAGCACUGUUUCCACCGGAGCUGCAGCCAUGAUGGCAGUGAGAGUGCUGCUGGAUCACGAUGUCCAGGAAGAGCAGAUUGUGUUGGUGUCUCUGCUGAUGGCAGAGUUGGGAGUUCAUUCAAUAGCGUAUGCCUUUCCUCGUGUCAAAAUCAUCACCACUGCUGUGGACAAGAGUCUAGAUGACCUCCUUCAUGUCAUUCCAGGGAUAGGGGACUUUGGUGACCGCUACUUUGGAACUGAUGGGUCUUCAUCCUGGAGUGAAGAAGAUCAGCAAGAACCCCUCAGUUGCUCAUCUGAGGUCUGACAGAGGUUUCUUCAAGCAGUUAUGAGAAGUGAGAAUCAACACUUGCUGUGCUGUAAUUUCUUAACUUAUGCUAUAGAAACAAUAAUGAUUCACCAGUAUUUCUAACACACUCUUGAGCACAGUAUUUUGUACCACUUAAUUUUCUAGCCUUUUCUGGUGUGAUCUGAAACAACAAAUGUUUGUUUUAUCUGUUAAAAUACUGUAAAUCUGAUAAAUUGAUUUAAGGUUCUAUUAGACCAUUUUCUUCUUAAAGACAGUCACAAAAUUAAUUGUGAAUUUAUAGAUUAGUUUAUAAUAUCUGUGUAAACGUACAAAUGUAAGAAUGGCUGGACCCAUUUGACCAUUUUUGGUGUUAUCCAUUCAACAUAAAAUAAAACUUUCAAACACCUGACAAUGCCUUGAUCAUUUAAAGAUGCCCUGCGUUUCUAAAACUUUUAAAACACAUUAUGUAUCUCAAAUUAAGCUUUCUGAGAUCUUUUUUAUUUUAUUUUAUUUUUAUUUUUAAUUUUAAUGUAUGUUUGCAUAUGUGCUGCCACGUCUUCAACACCAGAGGGCAGUACAUCUCUCCGUCUCUCUAAUAUUGUGUUUUUGUGUGUUCAAUAAGAAAAUCCACAACCAACAUAUAUGGAAAUAAAAUGCUUCGAAAAUAGACUGUUUAAGAAUUUAUAGACAAUAAAAUCAAAAGGUUUUCACAAUCUUAACAGAAGGCCUUGACUUUGCUGUUACAUUAUAGCUAAUCAAAGAAGCUCAAGUUGUUUUUGUGGAACUAGAAGUCCUGAGAGUAAAUGACUGCACACUUUCUGAGCUCAAGAACUGCUCUGGGUGAAGGUGAAGGGAUUUUCUAUUGAGAAUAACUGAAGAAAGCUCUAUUGAGAUGAAAUAAUGAAAAGCCAUUCAAGGAGGACAUAAGAGAGAACUUGAAAAUAAUGUUGUUAGAAGGACAACGCUGUAGAAGGUUCUAAAAGAUAAAUGCGACAUCUGUUUCAACAAAAUGAAGGGAACUUGGCAUAAACAAGUCUUUUCUGAGAUCAAACUGUCUUACCAAAUUAGGCAGCUGGAAACGGGCGGCUGAUAGAAAACUAACCUCAUAACCAGCACAUAUUAUCUGAAGAAAUGAACCAGACAUUCUCAGUCUUUUCAGCACUUCGCAGAUAUGACCUAUUUGGCUCAACUGGAGCUACAUUUUUCACAAAUGUCCAGAAUCUGACCAUUUGCAACUAGGGCAAAAACAUAGCAACUUUAUUUCCAAGUAAACACGUUGUUCCAGGUCUGUUGACCACAUUAUAGUCCAUAUCACUUCACCAAAUUAUUUACAUUAUUUCAAAGGUUUUUUCAGUAGUGAUUUAUGAGCUCUAUCAGUCAUACUCUAGUCUUGUAGUUUUUAUUAAUCAAAAUAAAUGUAUUUGGGUUUGUUUAAAAAGAUAGCCUACUGAUUUCUGAAUAUCUUUUAAUCCUCUCACACUAAUUAACAUGGGCAACUGUAGUUGUCCUAGCAUGUUGUUGGUGCUGGAUCUGUCUCCUCCAUGUCUUAAGACUGUUCACAAUGUUGAGUCUAGUGCAAAAUCAACUCAAAGUUCAGUUCAGAUGUGUAUGCACUGUUACAAAAGUCAUAUUAAUGAUUAAAUAUGUGUCCUGAACUGUACACUGACUGACAUCUUUGUAGUUAUUCUUGUUUUAGAGGCAAUAGCUAAAAAUAUGCAUAUUGUUGUUGUUUUGUUUUGUUUGUUUAAUGUUAAUAAACUACUUUACUUGAGC